UGCUGAUCCUGAUCCCAAUUGAUCCCAAUUGAUAAAAGCAAACGCCCCAUCACCUGAUUCUUCCCAUCGCCAUCAAUCUCUCUCUCUCUCUCUCUGCUGGUCUCAGGUUUUUCCAGAUCUUCUGCUAGUUGAGAAAAGAUGAACGACUUAAUGACAAAAUCCUUCAUGAGCUACGUUGACUUGAAGAAGGAAGCCAUGAAGGACCUUGAGGCUGGCCCGGACUACGACCUCGAGAUGUCGGCGUCUACAACCCAGAUGGACACCAACAUGGGGCUCUUCCUGGAAGAGGCGGAGAAGGUGAAGCAAGAGAUGGGCCAGAUCCGUGAGGUCCUGUGCCGGCUCCAGGAAUUGAACGAAGAGAGCAAGACCCUCCACAAGACCGAGGCGCUCAAGUCCCUCAGGAGCCGGAUCAACGCGGACAUUAUGGCGGUCCUGAAGAAGGCGAGGGCGAUACGGUCACAGCUGGAGGAGAUGGACCGUGCUAACGCGGCGAACAAGAGACUCUCGGGAUGCAAGGAAGGGACCACCAUGUAUCGGACCCGAGUGGCAGUGACCAAUGGGCUGAGGAAGAAGUUGAAGGAGCUGAUGAUGGAGUUUCAGGGGCUGAGGCAGAGGAUGAUGACCGAGUAUAAGGACACUGUGGGCAGGCGGUAUUACACGGUGACCGGGGAGUACCCGGAUGAGGAGGUCAUUGAGAAGAUCAUUUCUAAUGGAGGUGAGGAGCAUCUCAGCAGGGCGGCACAAGAGCACGGGAGGGGCAAGGUGGUGGAGACAGUAGUGGAGAUCCAGGACCGAUAUGACGCGGCCAAGGAGGUGGAGAAGAGCCUGCUGGAGCUGCACCAGGUGUUCCUGGACAUGGCAGUGAUGGUGGAGGUGCAGGGCGAGAAGAUGGAUGACAUCGAGCACCACGUGAUGAACGCCGCACACUACGUCAAGGACGGCACCAAGGACCUGAAGACCGCGAAGGAUUACCAGAGGAGCAACCGGAAGUGGAUGUGCAUCGGGCUUAUACUUCUGCUGGUGAUUAUCCUGGUGAUCAUCAUUCCAAUCACCACCAGCUUCAGCCAUUCUUGAAGUGCUGUUGUCCUUGGAGUUGGAGGAUGUAAUGCCCCGUGAUCCGUCUUCUGCCGUUCUCAAGGUGUGUGAUUGUUGUUGGAGUUGGAGGAUCUAAUGCCCCGUGAUCCCGUCUCUUGCUUGUUUUUUUUAAUCUUCUUGUAAGAUCUCUAAGAUUGAAGUGAUUUGAUGUUGCAGAGAGAAAUUAGUCCUUCCUGUUGGGACUAAAUGAAGUGUCCUUUGUAUUGUAAUUCAUUCAUUCUUUGUGAUAUGACAACCAUAGGAAGCUAAUGUUCCGCUCUA